AUUAUAUGGGCUCCCUGUGGUUGAUCACGAGCAAAAAUCUAAAGAUUUCAGAAAUUUUGAAAAAAACGCAUACUUCGUGUGGUAAUAAACUAAAAAUAGCCACUCGGAACCAGGUCUCUAGACCUGCUACAUUGUCACAUUGUCAUAACUGCCCUCGGGAUGUUUACGUAAUUCCAUUCGCUUUUGGUAUUUAUUAACUUGCCCUCUUCAACCUUAUUUAUCAGCACAGGGCCACUAUCUGCCUCAACAUUGCAUCGUCACGAAAAACCCCUGUCACAUUCAUUACAAAGCCUACUUCAUUUCUAUCAUGCCUGUCACAACAGUGUCUCCACAGAACAGAGCUCUCCUGUCGCCGUUCUAAAGCACGGAAGUGUUCUCUACCGCGAGUAUACGCACUUCUGGACGUUUCUCCUACAUAUUUCGAUUUACAAGCGUGGCAAACCAACUCAUAUGUAAUACCCGUACUUCGGCAUGAUCCCUUCCCGUCAGUCAGGCAAAGAAGGCAGUCAGCAUUGGUGCAUCGCGCGCCUCUGUUUGGAGGGGUCUGAUCUUUGGAGCAUGGCUUUAUGUCAACAUGAAGUUUGAAAUAUAGCAGAAAAAAUAAUUUAUUUUACAGUUGUACGACUACCGAGCUUCUUCAAAUGGAAUUUAGCUUUAAAAAACAUGUUUACUGUUUUUUUACACACCUAUAUUAUGCAUAAUCGACCCAAUCAGAAAAUCGUAAACUGCGUAGCCAGGUUCGUAAAGGAGGAGAUAUGGGAUCGCAGAGGAGAAGAAUGGGAUCGAAAAAAAAUCACCUUCCCUCCCCGUCAUGCUCUAUUAGCGACGAAUGAUUCUCCUCCGUUCCCCCUGACAACUAAAACAAAGGAUAGCAAAACAAACCAUAGACAAAACAAAUGAAAAGAGCAACCCCUGGUAACAGUUAGAUACAUACAAAUAUCAGCAGUAUUAUCUAUUGCAAUUAAAGUAAGAGAUAUGUUGCCUUUUGUAUUGAAAUACCGUGCGCAUUGCAAUUGAGUAGCGAGAUCGAUUUAGCGUCGUUAAAUAUAUGAAUUUACACAGUAUACUAGAUCGAAGAGUACUCCUCCAUCCUCUUUUAUCAGUUUUACUAGUGUCACCCUUAAAUAAAGCUGUGGAUGGAGAUCGAGCAAUCAUCUUUUUUUUCUCUUAAAUACGACAGCUAUUCUGGGGCGGUAUGCACUUGCUAGACCUAACGCUUGUUUUCAUCAGCAUAUCCAGACUCGACCCUAAGCUUCGCUUCCAAGGCGCAUACUGGUGAAUUUACUUGGUGCGUAUAUUCUUAAAACACUGAAAUCAAACGAAUACGCGUAUCAGUAGAAAAUAUUCAUGAAAACUUUAGUGCAAAACGAAGCUUUUGGCGUGAAUUGUCAUUAAAUGAGACCAUCUUGCCUAAAAGCAAUAUGUGCAUAAAUAACAUAAGAAAAAACUAUAAUGCCCACAACUUCAGCAUCGGAUGCGUGGGUAUUCGAUAAAUAACUGUGCGUAGUAAAAGAUAAGCUCGGUAGUUGUUUGCGGGCAGAUAUCAGCUUAUUACUGAAACCAAUAAAUUAUCAGCAUAACAUAGCAUCGCUCAAUCUUUGCAACUGGCCUAGCUGCUGAUAUCAAGGCAGCAUGCUCGGUACAAUCAUUGUCGUUUUUGUCUUUUUUCUUCCCUGCUCCCUUGCUGCUGGCCAUGAAGUACUAUGGAAAUAUGGAAACACAGUUCACGGUGGACACCAGACAGUUUAUGGCCCACAAGACUGGGUCCAAGUCUCACGUCACUGUGUAGAGAAAGCCCAGUCUCCCGUCAACAUCGAUACUGUCCACAGGAACAGUUUUCAAAAAUUAACAUUUCUAAAAGGCUUCAGUUUCAAAGUUGGAAACAUGUGGAGAGGUCUGAGAGGCAGAUUAUUCAACAAUGGUCAUGCACCUACCAUUAAAAUUGAGGCCGGUUUUGGUCUACUCUCCGGGGGUCCCUGGGGAAGCGACCUCUAUAGGCUUGCACAGCUUCAUUUCCACUUCGGUUGUAAGUCCAGCCCAAAAGGUUCAGAGCAUACUCUUGAUGGUAUACCAUUCUCGGGUGAACUUCAUUUGGUGUUUUAUAACCUAAAGUACGCUGACUUUAACGCUGCAGCUGACAAGUCAGAUGGUUUGACUGUAAUCGCCGCCUUUCUGGAGGAAAAUCGUUUAGACGUAUCCAAUCCUGAACUUGAGAAAAUAGCGCAUUUGAUGAGGAACAUGGCCAGAGGCGACCGAGAGGAAAACGAAAGGACUUUACUGGAGCCAAAUCUGUACUCUCUGGUGCCACAGCUUACUGAUCUGUCCAUGACACCGUUUUUCUCGUACAAGGGAUCUUUGACCACCCCUCCCUGUUAUCAGUCCGUUAACUGGAUCGUGCUCGGUCAGUUCAUCCCGGCCAAUACCUACGUGAUGGACAUCAUGAGAAGUCUGCGAAAUCACGACGGACACCCCUUGUGCAACGGUUUCAGGCCCCCUCAAGCGCUGAAUGGCCGAGUAAUUCGCGGAUACGUGGGAUAUUGUUCGGGGGCGCAACGCAAGCUGCUCGAUUCACUCCUCAUCAUGUUUACAUCUUUUCUUUCCUGUUUCGCUGCUGUUAGUCAAGGAACACGAUGGAAAUAUGGAGAAACAGUUCACAAUGGACACCAGACGGUUUUUGGCUCUCAAGACUGGAUAAAUGGCUCACGUGACUGUGGAGGGAGUGCCCAGUCACCCAUCAACACUGAUACCGCCAUUGAAAAAUCUUUUCAAAGAUCUACAUACCUGAGAGAGUUCAGCAUAGAUUUUGACAACUUGUUUGGAAUUCUGAGCGGCCGCUUAGUCAAGAAAGGUCAUUCAUUUUCCAUUAAAAUUGAGUCUGGUUCCGCUUUACUCUCUGGAGGUCCCUGGGGAAGCAACCAUUACAAACUCGCACAACUUCAUUUCCACUUUGGUUGUAAUUCUAGCCCGGGAGGUUCAGAGCAUACUUUAAAAGGUGUAUCAUACUCUGGUGAGCUUUAUUUGGUGUUUUAUAACACAAAGUACGCUAACUUUCAAUCUGCCGCUGAGAAAUCAAAUGGUCUGACUGUCAUUGGGGUCUCCCUCAAGGUAUAUAUUUUGGGGAUAUUAAACCUUGAACUAAAUAAGCUGGCAAGUGCGAUUGAGAAGGUGGCCGAGAAAGAUGGAAACGAAGGGAUCCCACUGGACUUAAACCUCUACCUUCUGGUACCACAGCUGAAAGAUCUGACCAUGACAUCAUUUUACUCGUACAAAGGAACUCUGACAACGCCUCCCUGUGAUCAGUCUGUGAACUGGAUCGUGCUAAGUCAGUUCAUCCCUGUUAGUACUUACAUGAUGGAUGUCAUGAGGAGUCUGCGCGAUCAAAAUGGACUCCCUGUAUGCAGCAACGCCAGGCCCACUCAACCUUUAAAUGGCCGCGUGGUUGACAGGUACAUGGGAUAGGUUUUCACCUGAUGAUAGAAACCGUUCUGACCGUUUGUUAAGACAAUUUUAUGCUUAUAAACUAAAAUGCUUGGCUGAUAUUUUUUUUUCUCUGUCGGAACUCAAUGUCGUAUAUAAAUUACUAGAGACUUUACUCUAUAUGGCAGUGCCUCUUUUUCUAUAGUUUUUCUCUCUCCACGUGUGCAGGCGGGCGUCGGAGAGAAGGAUAAUUACUGCAGGAAUGAAAAAGAUGUUUUUACGAGUAAAACAAGCAUACACGACAGAAACAGCCAGUCUUUAGUAAUUUUACUCCCCUUAUGCUUUGCCUUAUUACCCAGUGUCCGACAGAAAACCUAUUAGAGUUUUGAACAAAUAAUAAGUAGAGUACAUGUCAAUGUCUGUAACCUCUUACGAGAGACUUUACUCUGUAAAGCUACUUUUUUUUAACAGUUUUACUCUCUCCUCGUGCGCUGGCGUGCGUUGGAGUAAAGAAUAAUUAUCGAAGGUGAAGGAAUGAAAAAGACUCUAUCCCGCGUCAACAAACAAAUAACUCUCCACGUACGCAGGCGUGUGUAGGAGAGAAGAAUAAUUACGGCAGGAAUGAAAAAGACGUUAUCAUAAGUAAAACAAAAAAUCUAUUAUGCACGACAGAAACGGCCAGCCUUUAGUAAUUUUAUUGCUAUUUUGCUUUGCCUCGUUACCUACUUUAUGACAGAAAAUUUAUCAGAGUUUUAAACAAAUGAUAAGUAAAGUAAAUGUGAAUGUGUGUACCCGGCCAUUCACGAGAGAUUUUACUCUGAAAGGCAGAGGUUAUUUUUUACAGCUUUACUUUCCCUUGUGCGCUGGCGUGAAUCAUAUAAUAUUACCGUAGGAAUGAAAAAGAUGUUAUCAUAAGGAAACAGAAAAUCAUCUUUGCACGACAGAAACUGCCAGCCUUCUGUAAUAUCAUGGCCAUUAUGCUUUUCCUCGUUAACCAGUGCGUGACAGAAAACGUAUUAGAGUUUUGAACAAAUAUAAGUAAAGUACAUGUAAGACAGUGGUUCUUUUUUGCAGUUUUCAGUCUCUCCUCGUGCGCUGGCGUACGUUUGAGUAGAGAAUAGUUACUGCAGGAACGAAAAAGACUCCAUCACACGUAAACAAACAAAUAACUAUGGAUGAUAGAAACGGCCAACCUUUCAGUAAUUGUCAUUUGCUUUGCUUCAUUUACCAAUGUGUG